AUGACAAACCCGUCGCAACUCUUCCUCCUUGCGGACCACAUCAAACUGUCCCUCCUCGAGCGAGAACGAGCUACAUCACUAAACCUAGAGCCGAACACACACGACAGCGAGAUUUCACGGUCAUUAGAGUCGAUGCGCGAUGGGCUUGAGAAGCUAGAAAACGACAACACUCUAGAUGCAGACGGAAAGCAGCAAGUGGCCACUUUACGCAGCCAGUACGACGACUUUGCAUCCCAGUUUUAUAACAAGGACAGCAACGAAGGGCCGAGUGAUGCCACAAAAGUGCCGAAUGAUCCAUCCCUAGGACCCGAUUUUGCCCAUGCGACUCGCGGAGCGAAUCUCCAGCAGCCGGUUCCUCAGCACCCGAUCUCGAAAUCGGUGCGGUUCACGGACGACGAUGAUGAUGACGAGGCGGAAUAUAACUCUAAUCGAGCGGCGCUUCUCCAGCCAUACCGAGAUGACCCAGCGCAUGAUGAGGAGGAUGGCCGCCAUCACUUGGACAUGAGCAACCUGAGUAACCAGCAGAUUCACUCACAUCACGAGCAAAUCCUGCAAGACCAGGAUGCGCAAUUGGAUCAGUUGGGCGAGUCGAUUGGGCGACAGCAUCAGUUGAGUAUCCAGAUUGGUGAUGAGCUGGAAGGGCAAAUCGCGCUUCUGGAUGAUGUCGAUGAGCAUGUUGAUCGUCACCAGGGACGAUUGAACAAUGCUCGUCGCAGGUUAGACAAGAUUCGGAGGAAGGCUGGCGAUAAUUGGAGUAUGAUGACUAUUGUAGGCUUGAUUAUUGUUCUUGUGAUUUUGAUUGUCAUUCUGAAGUGA